UCGUUUUCUUCAAUCCAACUUCCCUUUUCUUUCACCUUAUUUUCUCUUUCAAAAUCAGCAACCAUUGAUAACCGCAAAAUGCAAUACCAAGCACAGCAACAAUACGGUUCUUCUUCUUCUUCCUCCUCCUAUUCCGCCAACGAUUCGUUGCGACGGAUAGAGCGUAUGGCGGCCGAGAACGCCGUGGUCAUGUUCAGCAUGACUUCAUGUUGCAUGUGCCACGCCGUCAAACGCCUUUUUUGUGGAAUGGGAGUUAACCCUACAGUGUACGAGCUCGACGAGGAUCCGAGAGGAAAAGAGAUAGAGAAAGCCUUGAUGCGGUUAAUGGGAAGCUCCUCCGCCGUCCCUGCCGUCUUCAUCGGCGGAAAACUCGUUGGUUCUAUGGAUAGAGUCAUGGUCUCUCAUAUCAAUGGCUCCCUCGUUCCUCUCCUCAAAAACGCUGGUGCCCUUUGGCUCUAAAAUUUCAAUGUAUGUGUCUUGCCAUUUAUGAAAGGUCGUUAAUUAAUGUACCGGUCUUCUUAACCAAUUGAGAUAGGUUCGUGUUUUGAGUAAAGAAAAAAAAAUGUGAAUUAAGAAAGUCGAAGAGGAGAGUGCUGGGGACUUGUAAUAAUUAGCUCCCUCCUCUGAAAAAGGAAAAAAAUAGUUUUUUUUUUUUUUCUUGUUUAUUAUAUGUUUUUGUUUUUG